AUGCUCUUUGCCGUGUGGGCCGUACUAGAAGAAUUAUUAAAACGCCAACAACAAGUUGAUGAAUUAUGUAUAAAAGCUAAAAAAUUAAAACAAUUAGAACUUGAAAAAUCCGAAGGAAUUGAUACAAAACGUUUACAAAUUGAAGAAAAAUUUUUUAAACUUUUAUUAUCAUUAGAACAAAAAAAAAACAUUUACAUCAAUAUCUACGUGAUAUUGAAAAUGAACAAAUAUGAAAUAUUAAUGAAUAUACAAUUAUUAAAAUGUAAAAAUGAAUCAUUAUUAAAAGAAAUUGAAAAUUAUGAACAACAUUUAUUAGAACAUUUACAUAAAAAAAUAUCAACUAAAACUGAAACAUGGUUAGAUGAACAAGAAUUAUAUAUGAUGAGUGAAGAACAUGGUAAAGAUGAAUUAUCAAUACAAACAUUUAUACAUAAACAUCAAACAAUGGAACAAACAAUUGAAAAUUAUAGUGAUAUUUUACGUGAAUUAGGUGAUAAAGCAAAAAAUUUAAUAAUAGAUUUAGAACAAUCAAAUUUAUCACGUGAUUUAAUUAAUGAAUAA